UGGAGAACUGUGAUGAGCAGUGAGGUUGAGGUGUUACGCUGAAAGAGGGAGAGAAGGAGAGCGAAAAGAAAGACACCUUGUGCACAAGGCUUUGGGCAUGAAGAGGGAAGAGCAUCAGUAAGCAGCAUUGUGACACUGGGAGACCCAACAGAGAUGUCAGGAGACUCUGCUUUGGCGCUUCAUCUACUUCUAUCCCGUCUCCCCCACUUUCCUCUGUGUCUCCUGGGCCUCGGUGACUCGGCGAUGUGACUCCUAUCCCUCUUUUCUCUUCUUUUCCUUCUCUCGUCGAUUGACCAGCCGAGGAACUCUCGCUGCCUCCCUUUGUCCUGUAUUCACCUUAAGAUAUUAUUCCGUGUGUUCCUUUUUUUUGCCUUCCACCUCCUUUCCCAUCUUCAUCAUUGUAGUCCUUUCUUGUGGUGCUUUUUGGCGAACUUUCUUGUCAUACUUACUGCUCACUCGUUGGAUUUCUUGAAGCGUUCCGAAGCCCUUCUUUUUCCUUUCGUUAAAGCCUGUUGGUGGUGAUACUGCUCCGAGUUGCUGCGAUGACUUGCGAUCUUGAAGUGGACGUCAAUGGGGAAGAGAUCUUCCUGGUUGAUAAGGAAGUCCUCUCAUCCUUCUGCGGAAGAGUGAGGAAGUUGAUCGAUCAAACAUCCAUCGCUUCAGCCACAAAACCCCUCAAAGUGGCAUUCACGGACUUGCCUGGAGGAGCAGAGGCAUUUGAGUUGAUGACAAGGUUAUGCUACAACAAUGUCGCGACUCGGAUGACUCCCCGCACCACCUGCCUUCUGCACUCUGUCGCUCACUUCAUGGAAAUGACUGAUGGCGGCGUUUCUUCCUCGGUGAACCUGUUGAAGCUGAUCCAGAAGUCUCUCGAGGGGAUCCCUUACUGGUCAUGGUCUGAGAUCGUACGCGCCCUGAGACAAUGCCAAGAUUUGUUUCCGGUGGCGAGCACCUCGGGGUUGAUGGAUAGAAUUCUGGAAUCCCUGGCUGGUAGAAUCACAGCAGCCAGCGAUGUUAGUCCGGCAGUCUCCUCUCCUGAGAGCUCUGCGUUCCGGUUCUCGUUCGACACGAGAAGCACGAUGAGCACCAAAAAUUGCAAUCACCGAGCUUGGUGGUUCGAAGAUCUUGUGGUGCUGAACCCCGCCAUGAUCGAAAAGAUCGUCAGGAGCAUGGUUCUUCACAAAGUAGAUCAAGUUUUGAUCAGUAGGUUCCUUGCUCAUUACCUGAAGAGUGCAGCGUCCAACGCCUCCUCGUCCGACAAGAAAGAGGCCGCUGAAACCAUCAUCAACCUGCUCCACUCUCUUGAUGCAAGCUGUGUGUCCUGCAAGGGUUUGUUUGGUGUUCUUCGAAUCUCCUCGUCCUUGAAGAUCAGCAAGUGUUGCCAGAGCAAACUGGAGAGUAUGAUAGGCAACAAGUUCGAUCAAGCGACGUUAGAUAAUUUGCUGGUUCCAGCUCCUUCAGGGACGAAGAGCCUCUAUGAUGUGAAUCUAAUCUUAAGGUUCUUGAAGUCCUUCCUCAGAAUCGAGGGUCGUAAAUCUAUAACCGAGUUGAAGCAGGCAGGGAGCUUGAUGGACUCGUACUUGGCGGAAGUUGCCCCAGAUUCCUCUUUGAAGCCUUUAAAGUUCGUGGCACUGGCCACAGCUCUGCCCGACGAAGCAAGAGACUCCCAUGAUGCGAUUUACGGUGCCAUCGACAUGUAUCUCGAGGUUCAUACUCAAUUAUCGGGCGAGGAGAAGAUGAAGAUGUUUUGUGCAAUAAACUACGAGAAGCUGUCGUCAGAAUCCUGCAAACACCUUGCGAGCAACAGGAAGUUCCCCUCAAGAACGGCCAUCCGAGCUCUCAUUUCUCAGCAAUCGAAGCUCAGGAGUCUGCUCAAGGAGGUCAACCAAUUGAAGAAGCACAGCGGUGCUCUGCCCAAGGCAAAUCCGAGCAAGGAGAAUAGAUUCAGUGAUGGUGAGCAGAUCAUUCUUUACGCGAAGAAGGUGGACUUGUCGACGGAGAACGAGAAGCUCAAGUCUCAGCUGCAAGGAAUGCAGUGGAAGGUGAUGGAAUUGGAAAGGAUCUGCAGGAAGAUGCAAGCACAAAUGGCAAGGGCCACGAAGAAGAACAGGACGGUGAGUCCAAGCAAUGCCAGAUCGCUGCCCAGGCUGUGCUCAUGAUCUCACACGGAUUCAUCGAUCCCACAUACUUUUUGUACAUAUUAUUACUGACGAGUGGGUCUCACCAGAAUCUGAGAUUUUGCUUUUGUUCCUUCCUGUAAAGCUGAUGGAGAACAGUAGCUUUAGCAGAUGAAAAUGAGAGGCGGUUGGAUUGAUGUGUUUUUGAGCAUUGAGAUGUCUAUUUGUGCAGCUAA